GGGACGGGCCCCUUCACUUCCGGUUCCGCCGGGGAAGGUCAGCGCGGCCGCACUCGCCUGUCCCAUGGCGGAGCUGGGCGGCCCGGACGGGGGCCGGGACCCCGCGGUCUCCGAGCUGCAGCGGCUGGUGGCCGCUGAGCAGCAGCGGGCGCAGUUCACCGCCCAGGUUCAUAACUUCAUGGAGGUUUGCUGGGACAAAUGUGUGGACAAACCUGGCUCAAAGUUGGACUCCAGAACAGAAGGCUGUCUAGCCAGCUGUGUGGACAGAUUCAUUGAUACCACGUUAUCCAUCACUAAUCGCUUUGCUCAGAUUGUACAGAAAGGAGGACACUGAUUACUGCAUUUCCCAACUCCGGACAACCCAAUCUUUCCUAUUCAGGUCAAUGGACUUAUCAGCUGUCGGUGGAGCAUCAUCACAUGUUCUAAGCUACAUUUUAUCUGAUACUUUCACAAAAUGCAGAAGUGGUUGAACAAUCAUUUGCAGAAAGCACAAUUGUCCCUGUGAAUUCUUUAGCUGCAUUGAACUGUUCAUAAAUGUGUCAUCGUACUGCAAUUUAAUAAACCAUCAGGAACACUUGUCCAAACAAAUCUUGUGAUGUGAAAGUGUAUAUCACUGCCUUUCCAUGUCUUUUAUUUAAUUAGAGGAAAGUAGAGAAGAGAUGGUGCUUGCUACUGACACAGGGGAUGGGCACAGUAUCUUAACAUCAAAAUUAAAUUUUAAAAAUGUAAUAUGAAUAUAAAUGAUUUCAAUGAACUAAUAAAUGAAUGAAAACACUUGUUUUGCUGGAGUGUUUGAAGCCUAAACCUAGGAGCUGUACAGUAGAAUAAUGCAUGAAAACCAAAAAGUGAAACUGGUUAAAAGGCUUGUUACUAGGGCCUAGUCUAUUGCACAGUUCUGUGGCUGUGAACUUUGCUGCACACUCCAAGCUUUUUUUUUCUUUUCUUUUAAAUUGGUUAUAGCCCCACUGGUUAUAAAGAAAAUCUUCAAAAUGUCCAUGUAAAUUGAUACAGUAUCUGACAUUUUGUCUGUAUUAGAAAAGUUGUACUGGUUUAACUAAAUCUAGUCAAACAGAUGGAAGACCCUAUUACAGAAGCCUUUUCAUUGGGUUAACCCUCACUUAUAUCAGCUUAGCUUAAUUUGGCAAUACACUAAUGCAAAUGAUAGAAGACUCCCAGUUAUCUGAGUCUGUUAUAGUACAAUGCAGAAGUCUGAUGGGUGCUUGAGAGACUAAACUAGAUUUCCCUUUACUUAUGUUUAAAGGUACAAGAAUGGAUGCAGUCUUAUUUAAUGAUCUACAUGUUGAUAUUUUACACAAAUUUAGCCUAACCUGGUGAGCAGUGACUGUAAAUAAAUUGACCACACAUUUGAAAA